AUGGCGUGCGUGAAUGACGGAAACGAAAUGAAUCAUCGAGGCCAGUUCCUAGUUACUGCCGCUUAUAUCGACGACGCGAGGGCUCCCAAGACGACCUCGACCCCAACUCAGCGGGCCUAG